GUCCUUCCUGUGUCACAACCUUGUUUACCUGCCAGGAUUCAUUUCAGUUUCCUCUUAUUACGAGAAAAAACGGAUAACGCGCAAAUAUGUAAAUGAUUGCAGCUAUGUGACACCCUCGUCUCCAGUCAGAAGUGAAGAUAAGGAUGCGCCGGCGCUGGUGUGACUGCUGUAGCUUCUUCGUUUGGAAGUUUGUUAGCUAGCUCUUCGGGCAUCCUGAAUCCGUGCUGUAAUUGUCGGACGGUCGACAGCUUCACGUUCGCUCCCCGCUACACUUCAGUCGACGGCCGAAAAUGGAUGAGGCAUCUCCGGCAUCCCUGACGGAUCUCUGCCUGUCUCACGUGAGCCGGAACCUCGAGGUCUUCUCCGUGAAGCAGGCGGACGGGUCCCUGUGUCUCCGGGAGUCCCUGAUCUUUCCGCAGGAGCUCGCCGACCAACUGCUGCGCAAGAUGGCCACCGAGGGUCUGCUGAAUGACAGCACAGUGGGGAUUUUCCGGAGCUCGCAGUACCUGCGGCUACGCCGCGCCUGCAUCCGCACCGCCCGUAUUUCUGCAGAGGCCUUCCGGCGCGCAGUCUGCCUGCACCGGCUGCUGGAGCUGGAUGCGGCACGCGUCAACGCCGACCUGACCAUCGCCGACAUCCUGCGUGGCCUGGCCUCCAACAAGGAGUGCCAGGAGAGCCUGCAGAGGCUGGCGCUGAGCGGCCUCACCAUGUCGCUGGAGGAGCCCAGCCGCCGCUGCUUCAGCGCCUUGCUGAGCCUGCGCUCCCUCAGCCUGGCCAACGUGGACUUCUACGACUCGGGGCUGGCCGACGUCUGCACGCUGCCGCGCCUCGAGAGCCUGGACAUCUCCAACACGUCUGUGACCAACCUGACGCCGCUGCUGUGCUGCAGGAGCCGCCUGCGCUACCUCACCAUGCACCAGAUGAAGCGGCUGGAGAUGAGCACGGCGCAGUUGCUCUUCGUGCUCAGCCAGUUGGACGGCCUGCAGCACCUCGACGUCUCCGACGAUAAGCAGUUCACGUCGGACGUGGCGCGGCAGCUGCUGGAGCAGCCCGGCAUCCUGCCCCGCCUCGUCUCCCUGGACGUGUCGGGCCGCAAGCAGGUGACGGACGCCGCCGUCCGCGCCUUCGUGGAGCAGAGGCCCGGCAUGGUCUUCAUGGGCCUGCUGGCCACAGACGCCGGAUUCUCCGACUUUCUGUCCGGGGAGGGCACUCUGAAGGUGACGGGCGAGGCUAACGAGGCGCAGAUUUGCGAGGCCCUGCAGCGUUACACGGAGCGGGAGUGCUUCGUCAGGGAGGCCCUCUUCCACUUGUUCAGCCACACGCACGUGAUGGAGAAGCCGCGGCCCGACAUCCUCAAGCUGGUGGUCCUCGGCAUGCAGAACCACCCGACGACGCUGCAUGUGCAGCUGGCGGCCAGCGCCUGCGUCUUUAACCUGACCAAACAGGACCUGGCGGCGGGGAUGCCCGUCCGGCUGCUGGGCACAGUCACCCAGCUGCUGCUGGAGGCCAUGAAGAACUUUCCCAACCACCAACAGCUGCAGAAGAACUGCCUGCUGUCUCUGUGCAGUGAUCGCAUCCUGCAGGAGGUGCCCUUCAACAGGUUCGAGGCGGCGAAGCUGGUGAUGCAGUGGCUGUGUAAUCACGAGGACCAGAACAUGCAGAGGAUGGCGGUGGCCAUUAUCUCCAUCCUGGCGGCCAAGCUAUCCACUGUGCAGACGGCCCAGCUCGGAGCGGAGCUUUUCAUCGUGAAGCAACUCCUCCACAUAGUGCGUCAGAAGACGGUGCAGGGCACGGUGGACGCCACACUCAAGUUCACGCUGAGCGCGCUCUGGAACCUCACCGACGAGUCACCCACCACCUGCCGGCACUUCAUCGAGAACCAGGGCCUGGAGCUCUUCAUGAAAGUGCUGGAGUCCUUCCCGUCGGAAUCCUCCAUUCAGCAGAAAGUUCUGGGCCUGCUGAACAACAUCGCGGAGGUACGCGAGCUGCACGGCGAGCUGAUGGUGCCAGGCUUCCUGGACCACAUCCGCAGCCUGCUGCACAGCCCCGAGGUGGAGGUCAGCUACUUCGCUGCCGGCAUCCUGGCCCACCUGACGUCACGGGGGGAGGCCGUGUGGACGCUGGGGCUGGCCCUGCGCUCCACACUGCUCCAGCAGCUGCACGCCGCCAUCCUAAAAUGGCCUACGCCCGAGUGUGAGAUGGUGGCGUACAGGUCGUUUAACCCCUUCUUCCCCCUGCUGGAGUGUUUCCAGACCCCCGGGGUACAGCUGUGGGCUGCCUGGGCUAUGCAGCACGUAUGCAGCAAGAACGCCCCCCGCUACUGCAGCAUGCUGCUGGAGGAGGGCGGCCUGCAGCAGCUUGAGAUGGUGAGGACGCACCCGGACACCCAUGGCGACGUCCACAGGCUGGCUGAGAGCAUCCUGGACAGCCUGGAGCGUCACCGGGCACGCACUGGGCAGCCCGUCCCACAGCCCCCGCCACGCUGUCACUGGCACCAGGACACCCGCCCUGAAAAGGAUAUUCCAUGACGUCAGCCCAUGCAGACUGGUAUCUCCGCUCGGAGUUGCAUUGCUGCGGAGAGGACCGGAAAUGCAUGCGUGUGUGUAUCUGUGUAAGCGUAACGGAGAGCAGCAGGACGGCGUUCGAAGCGCAUCAACUGAACAGCUGCCUGCCGCACCUCUUCCCCUUCAGCUUCCCCACGUUACCCUGCAUUGUCACUAGGGGGAGACAGAGCUGCGAGUUUCUUUGCACAUACUGAAUAUUAUUUAUUUUUGGUUUUCAUAGGGGAUGAUGUUGCGUUACACAUGAGGAAAAGUUAGCAUGUGACGCUGGUAUCACUCUGCUGGAUUUGUGUAGGGGAAGCUGAGAGAAGAUCCAAAACCAUUCUUUGGGAGCCUCGUGUGUCUGUACAGGCAUGCCGUCAUUUCUCAGUGCUUGUAUUUUCUUAUUAGUUGUGUUUUGGAGAAAAUAUCUAUAGGGUGUAUACUCCUCCUUAUAGACUUAAGUGGCAAUAAAUAAAAAUGUAGUUGGAGGUAAACAUCUAUAUAUAUAAAGUUUUUGUUUUUUAAAAAAUAAUGUAUAUUUCUGUAAGUUGGAAGUGACUCCUUUGUGUUUGGUGCUAGAUCGUUGUAUUUUGUAUAUAAGAUACCGGUACGUUCCACAGCAUGUCAAAUACAAGCUGAAAGUUUUUAUAACCCACUGCUGCACAAAAAAAACCAGAAAAACACGCACCUCUCUGACUGCCUGACUCAUCGUGUUGUCUGAGGGCAAAAUAAUAAACGUGUAAAUAUCUCAGCAUGCCUGUUAAUGGGCUGAAGAGUCGUCGCGUCAAUAGCGGGGACCUAAGCUGGCCGUCCUGGGGCCACUCGACCUCCGAGGGGACGGAUUCCACAUCUCCAUGGUGCCACUUCUGUUACGUUUUGUAAUUAUCGUCAGGCAUCGUUCUAGUUUUUUUUUUUUAUAUAAUCAGCUCAGCGGUGCCCGUCUACCAAGCCUACGUAACAAAACUCUGUAAUCUUUCCAUUUAGAUUCCCUGGAAAUACGAAGGUUUAAUUAAAUGCAAAGUGCCUGAGUAUUACUGGAAACGUCAAAGUUAGGCUUUAGGCGACCAGUGUAGCACUUCCAGUUUAAAUAAGAUGGGUAAGGAUGGGAUAUGUACCUUAAGGUCUAGUUUAACACAUUAAGAACAUUAAACACUUAUAUUUACAGUAUAUGGAAAUGUAUACAUCAGACACGGGCAGUGAACAUCACCCAUACUCGUAUAAUUCCUGAUACAAUAUAACACACAAGGAUGAAGAAAUUAACUCGAGUCUUUCAGGUCCAAAGAUUAUUAUAAAUGAUGCUCCCUCUCCGCAAGGCCUCUUAAACGUUGAAAAUGGCUGACUGGCGCUUCCAUGCAUAUUUUACCAGAAGUAAAGCCAGAGUUAGUUAGUUAAUGCAGCAGCACGGAAGCCUGGUGGUCUAAUUUUUUAUUUGUUUGGUAAAAAGCUGGGUUUUGUAAUUCUGUUGGAAGGCUCCAUGGCUACUGAGGAAUGGCGGAAGAUCGACACCCCAUUUGCACGUGUUAUUUCCCCCUCUUUUGGAUGUGAGGCGGGACUGAGACAUGUUUUUCUGCAUUGAUGACGCGUCUCCCUUGUGGGUGAGCUUUGAACCCCACUGUCUUUCACACAGGUAGUGUUGACAUCGCUGUUGUCCUGAUGAAACUCCUCUUAUGUUUUUGCUGCUCAGAUAAAUGAUUUAUGCAAAGGUUGAUAAAGAAAUAAAGAAUGUAUUACCCCCCCUCCCUCCCAA